AUGGGCGACUUCGACCACGCCGAGGCGCCAGGUAGCGCAGUCGCGGAUGGGCGCCAAUUCCGCUCUGUCUCAGCGCCCUCUGGCGGCAAGGGGCCCGUGUACAUGCAGAGUUCUGACGGAAAACAUGUGCUCGUCCGAAGGUUGAAGCGUAAGGAGGACGGGACCUGGAAGCACUUUAUCCGGUGGUUUGUUGAGAAUCAGAUCAGUCUCUCUUCCAAUCUCCUGGCCCUGCUUUUCCUCUGCCACCACCUCAUCCCGAAAGCUCGAUCGCAUACCCACAAGUAUUUCCAUCUUGCCUAUAAAAAUGGGAGGACCGGCCAGUACGGCAUUGGCUUCGAUGAUGUCUACUUCAUCACGUUUUGCAUUGUCCUCUUCACACUCCUGAGAGCUGGCUUCAUGGAGUACGUCUUGGCGCCUUUUGCCAGGAUGCAGGGCGUGACGAAAAGAAAGUAUCAGGUGCGAUUUACGGAACAGGCCUGGUUGCUCGUGUAUUACAGCGUGUUUUGGACAAUGGGAGUUUACAUUUACUGCAAGUCGCCCUACUACCUCAACAUGUGGGAGCUUUGGACCGACUGGCCGAACCGCGAGAUGGAUGGCCUGAUGAAGGGCUACAUCCUUGCCCAAUGGGCUUUCUGGCUUCAGCAAAUCAUCGUCAUCAACAUAGAGGAGCGCCGCAAGGACCACUGGCAAAUGUUUAGCCACCACAUCAUCACGACGUUUCUGAUCUCGUCGUGCUACUAUUACCACUACACCCGUGUCGGGAACACGAUUUUGGUCAUUAUGGACGUGGUCGACUUGUUUUUCCCGGCUGCCAAGUGUCUCAAAUACGCCGGAUACAACACCCUUUGCGACAUCAUGUUUGGCGUUUUCGUCUUGUCCUGGCUCGUCGCCCGUCAUGUCCUCUACGUCAUGGUGUGCUGGUCGGUGUACUCUCACCUGCCUGCGAGCCUGCCCAGAGGCUGCUUCCGAGGCACCAACGACCACCUGAUUGGACCCGAGGCGACGCCUCCCGGGCUGACGUACCUCGUCGAGCCGUUCCUCAGCUCCACCGGCCGAGUCUGCUUCAACGAAACUGUGCAGUGGGCGUUUCUGGCUCCCCUGCUGGUUCUGCAGGGCAUCACGAUCUACUGGUUCACCAUGAUUAUCCGGGUGGUCAUCAAGGUCCUGCGGGGCGACGGAGCAGAAGAUUCCCGAAGCGACGACGAGGGCGAGGACGAGGAGGAGGAGUACGUGUACGAAGAGGCAGAGCCUCUCGAGGAGGAGGUGGACGCCGACGAGAUUGACCUGCGAAGCUGGGAGCGCAGAACCGGGGUGAAUCGGCAAGCCAGCAGCUCCGGCGUCAGCCUUCCAGGACACAGCGACCGAAAGGAGCUGCUGGGGCGCAUCGGCUGCGAGAAGCAAGUUGACUGA